GUCAAGUACUGAGAUUAUUAGGAAACCUGGUUUAAUUGAGAGGCAGUACGGAAUGGGAUGUUUGUGCUUGAGGAAGGCCACCUCCUUUCCUUCAGUGCCGCAGGACGUUAUGGACACCCUUAAGAAACAAACAACACUGAGUCGAAGUCAGAUAAAGUAUCUAUACAUUCGGUUCUGUCAAUUUUCCGGAGGAGGCAAAGAUCAUCCGGGUCAACUGUACAAAUACAAUUUUUAUUCUGGGCUGCUGCAACUAAAUCCACUGCUGCCCACCAUCUUGAACUCAAUGUUUGGUGAUAAGGUGUCGAUUAGCUUUCUGGAUUUCGCCCUAUUUCUGAGCACCUUUCAGGCCCAUUCGCUAAAAACUUCCAGAACGCUGAAAAAUAUAGCUAAGGACAGGAAGUUAAAAAUACUUUUCAACAUGUACGAUCAUAACAAAGAUGGUCGUAUCACAAAGUAUGAUCUGGUUAUAGUUGUGCACAAACUUUUCUCAAAUCUGUUGGAUCAUGUGCAGAUAAUGCGCAUAGUGGAAACUAUGAUGAAGGAAAUGGAUAAAUCUGACUCGAAUCAAAUACUAUUUGAGGACUUCUGCAAGGCGUUGGAGGUCUUUGAUAUGACCGAAAUGAUGGUCACUUGGAUACCGGAAUCCCGCGGGAGAACCACUGAUGACUUACACUAGUUGCGUGUGCUCACAUUGAUUUAUUAUUUAAAAUGUAC